CCAGCCUUUUUUCCUCCCCUUGCGAAGAAGAUCGUGCGGAUUUUAUUACUGCCACCCGGGAAGAUGCCGUUCGCCGGAUGGGCCCUGAGCCUCGCCGUCUUGUGCGAAGUUGCCUUUGGUCUGUACUUUCCCCGGAAGACGUACCAUGAAAAUGUUUACCUGGAACAACCGGAAGGUACACCUUUAUUGCAACUCCAUGCCUUAAAAGAUUCGGAAGAGGAGGAAGCUUUCUACUGUCUGGUCCCAGAUUCUUUCGGAACGGGGUCCCAAAAUCUUUGGUUUCAGAUUGGCGAGAGAACGGGACUCCUCUACCUCAACAAGAGUCUGGAUAGUGAAGACUUCAUUCUCCUUUCUUCGGGAAGUUCAGUGGCCAAAGUCGUGCUCCGUGUUUUCCUCUCUUCCAAACCUUUCCAAGCGAAGAACUGUUUCGGCUCGGCGUCGAUGACCUUGGUCAAACUCUCAGUCCUCAAUGCCACCAUGCCGACGUGCAGUUCUCCAGUGUUAAGCCAGUUUUGCUUUCCCGCCAUGGAUCUCUCUUUUCACAUCAUGGAGAACAAACCACCAGGAAUCUUUCAUCAGCUUCAGUCCUUUGGCCUACAGCAACAGUGUCAUAACAUCAGCCUUUCCUACAAGCUUAUCACAGAUGAGAACCUGCCCUUUUAUUAUGAUGAGGAGACCACCACCCUAGGAGUGUCCAAACCCCUCGACCGAGAAGAACGAGAAAAGUACGAGAUAUUGGCUCAAUGCACCUUGAAGGAAGGCUCCCAGGAGACAUUGAGGGAGGUCCCUCUGCUCAUCCAUAUUCUGGAUGAAGAUGACAUGCCUCCUUUUCUGUCCAAUGGGACUAGCACAACAGAUGCCAUAGUGGAGUUCAAAAGAGAAGAGGGUACUGUCUUGGCAGCCUUAUCGGUUCUGGAUGCGGACACGACUCCUAUCUACCCGGUAGAUACCAGCAGGAAGAAAUACACGGGCACCAUAAAUUCAUCCGAUCCCUGGAUACAGGAAACGUUUCGAGUGGACCACCUCUUCCACGAGAUCUAUUUCCACCCAAAUGGCAGCCAAGUGCGGGGCACACAACAUGAAUACAAGUUGAUACUAAACAGGACCGUUUCCAUUACGGAGAGCCGGUCCCUCCUGCUGGAUGUCAUUGUGAACGACACAACGUACCAGGGCCCCGACAGAUCCUUGACGCUUCACUUCAACAUCUCCAUCCUUCCAGUUUUCAUCCAGUUCUCGAACCCGACGUAUCAGUUCAUGGUGAACAGAAACGCGGCCAACUUUUCACAAAUAGGAAAGAUCUGCAUUGACAACUGCAUGAAGUUGUACGGAGUCAGCAUCACCUACAGCUUAGAGAGUCCAAAUGUCAGCUGCUACGCGGUGGAGGUUGCUCCAAGCCACAACAACAAGUAUGGAAUUCUCUAUGUGAACAAUUCAGCUGUGCUGCAGAGCCCCGAGUGCAGAGAAAUACACUACCCUGUGCUAGCUAAAGAGGAGUGGAGCAGGAAGGAAGCUUAUGCUCAUCUUACGGUCGUGCUUGGAGGAUCACUUAUACAGAGCGAUAAGAACUGUCCAGACUCCUGUGCUAUGAGCAAAAGGCGAUCAGAGUGUGAAGAAUGUGGAGGUCUCGGAGUGCUGAUGGGAAAAUGCCAGUGGAGGCAAGGAAGUGGGAAAGGAAUAACCACCAACUACUCUACCUGUACUCCAAGCAUCAGGACAUGUCCGGAUGGAAUUUGUGAUGCUGUAGAAAGCAGAGAUAAGAGAGUCUGCCCUCAAGAUUGCACAAGAACCAACAUUAUUGGAGGCCACCAGAAAGGAAGCCUUGGAACUGGAAUCAAGGCAGGGCACGGAGUUUGUCACUGCUUUCCAGGAAUAAACUGUUACUGUGCAAAAGAUGAUAUCAGGGAACACCUUUGCGAUGACAUGUGCAAAAUGGUGAUUGCGGGGGGCGUUCUGCUCUCUUUCAUUAUCUCGGUUGUCCUCUCUUCCUACUUCAUCUAUCGCUACCACAAGAAUGCACCCAAAACGCCCAUCGCCUCGGCAGAGAUGACCUUCCGGCGGCCAGCUCAGGCCUAUCCCAUCAACUACUCCUCCAAUAAUGUCCGUCGACCAUCGAUGGACUCCGAGAACCAAAUGUCAGUAGAUGCAUUUAAAAUACCUGAAGAUCCCAAGUGGGAAUUUCCUCGGAAGAACCUGGUGCUCGGCAAGACUCUCGGCGAGGGAGAAUUUGGAAAAGUUGUCAAAGCGACAGCCUUCCGACUCAAGGGCAAGGCUGGCUACACCACGGUGGCAGUGAAAAUGUUGAAAGAAAAUGCUUCUUCAAGUGAGCUCCGGGAUUUGCAUUCUGAGUUCAACCUUUUAAAACAGGUGAACCAUCCUCACGUCAUCAGACUCUAUGGUGCUUGUAGCCAGGAUGGGCCUUUAUACUUAAUAGUGGAGUAUGCAAAGUACGGCUCCUUGCGGAGUUUCCUGAGGGAAAGCCGGAAAGUGGGAACCAGCUACGUGGGAGGCGACACGAACAGAAAUUCCAGCUACUUGGACAAUCCGGAUGAGCGGGCCCUCACCAUGGGCGAUCUGAUCUCCUUUGCGUGGCAGAUCUCCCGUGGCAUGCAGUACCUUGCUGAAAUGAAGCUUGUGCAUCGGGAUUUAGCAGCCAGGAAUGUCUUAGUAGCCGAAGGGCGUAAAAUGAAGAUUUCUGACUUUGGUUUGUCUCGCGACGUUUAUGAAGAGGACUCUUACGUCAAGAGGAGCAAGGGUCGAAUACCUGUAAAAUGGAUGGCCAUAGAGUCCCUCUUCGACCACAUCUACACAACGCAGAGUGAUGUAUGGUCGUUUGGAGUGCUGUUAUGGGAAAUCGUGACCCUCGGGGGUAACCCAUAUCCAGGAAUUGCUCCAGAGAGGCUAUUUAACCUCUUAAAAACAGGUUAUAGAAUGGAGAAGCCGGAAAACUGCAGUGAGGAGAUGUACAAUUUGAUGCUUCACUGCUGGAAACAGGAACCAGAUAAAAGGCCAACGUUUGCUGAGAUCAGUAAAGAAUUAGAAAAAAUGAUGGUCAAGAGCCGGGACUAUUUAGAUCUGGCCGCGUCCACUCCUUCGGACUCUCUGCUUUACGAUGAUGGACUCUCAGAAGAAGAGAUGCCGCUUGUGGAUUGUAAUAAUGUUCCCGUUCCUCGAACUCUUCCUUCCACAUGGAUUGAAAACAAACUCUAUGGCAUGUCAUACCCGAACUGGCCCGAAGAGAGCCCUGUUCCACUUGCGAGAAGCGACGGGCCUAAGGCUGUGUUUUCAAGAUAUGCCAAUGAUAGUGUUUAUGCUAACUGGAUGGUUUCACCCUCAGCAACCAAAUUUAUGGACAGAGUUUGAUAGUUAACAGUUGCUUGGUGGAAGGUAACGGAUGCAGGAAGGAGUUUUCCAUCCCCCCCCUCCCCGAUGUCCAAAGAGUUGAGUGUCCCUUCAGCUCAUUCUUUGAAUAGCAACACCUGGUUGAAGCAAACAAGGAAUGUCAAAGAUGGGGAAACUUUUGAAAUUGACUUAAAUUUCAAUCUACUUUUUUUAAGUUUCUAAAAUGUGCCCUCCUUAUUUCCCUCUCUGAUGAACACUGUCACAGACUUUGGUUCCAACUCUAUAUAAAAAGUCCUAAAAGUGGCAUCCAAAGAGGUUUUAAACAGGCUAAGAUGGCGGCCAUGUUGACGUGGUCCAAUGGCUGCCAUUUUGAGUCCCUGCCUUGACCUCCCUGGCAGAUGCCCAUUUACUAUUUUAGACUUUUUUUUUUUUUUGCCUCAAAGAGUUCUCCAAGAAUUUCAUUUAGAUUUGAUGCAGCCGCUGGAUUUCUUAUGUAAGCGUUUCCGAAUAACUUCACAUUCCUAGAAUGGCUGUUUUUUUUUUAUGGGGGCGGCGAGCGAAAUCCUGUGGUUUCACUAGCGACUUCUGUUCCCUAUGGUUGUUGCUAAGAAAAAAAGGCAAAUUAAAACAAGAAGCACAAAGUGAGAAAGCACUUGUUUUUUUUGUUUUUCCCCUUCCAAAAUAUGCCAGAGCUUGAGCUCGCAUUUAGCGUGUUCGUGUGGAAUUGGCAGUAGGAAAUUGGUUUGGAAUCAAGAGCGAUAACGGACCAAAAACAGCAUUUUGGAAACCUUGUAGUAAUGUACUGUUCUGUGGUUAUGGGGAAAAUAAGUGUUCUUUUUAAAAAAAAAAUAAGAAAAGAAAGAAAGACUAAAAAAAAAAUCAGGGUUAAACUAUUCUUACCGUUAGCACAAUAGAAAACUUCGAUAUCUUAGGAACUAGAAUAGAGAGAGUUGAUCUCAGAAUACCCACCCAAUAUAAUUUGAUUUUCCAUCACAUUCCUUCCGUUGUUAUCUUAACGUGGGCUCCAGAUGUUUUGAAACCAACUGGCACAAAGAGAACCAGUUUAGUUUUGCUCCAUAAAUUUUACUUCUUUCAUCAAAAAAAACCACAUUUAUUUCUACCACCCAUCCGGUACGGAUUCCCUCUUUAAACGGGGUGAAUAAUCUUCAAAAGCAUCAUUUCUGUCUUCAGUCUUUCCCUGCCAUAGACCAAAUUUCCGCCUUCCGCUUUUCAUUCCAUUCCAACCAUCAGUCUUUAGUUAAUAUUAGCAAGGAUUUUUCAAAUCUCACUACUGGAAGACCUGAAACACCAGAGGAGACAAUCUUAACUGUUGGUCGCGAAGAAUUGGCACUGAUGUGAUGGUACACCAUAUUCUCUUCCUAUUUUGUAGUCCAGACCAUGUUAAAGCAGAAUUCUUGGUUAUGUUAACCACAGUUAUUAAUUAGUAACCACAAACUUGAUGAAGGCACAUAGUUGUGAGAGGGAAAAGUGGCAUUCCCAGCAACUUUGUGAACCAAAAGUAACAGAAAAUGAGUGUUGAAUCUGCUUGUAGCCCCAACAGAAAUUUUAAUUUAUACGAUUCCUGUUUUUUGUGUGACAAGUGUACAUAUGGUACACACUCUUUGUCUCAUAUUUAAUCUUUACUCUGUGUGUUUGUAUGUUUUCCUCCUCUGUCAGUGUAGGGGGGAAAAAAAUGUCUAAGGUUGAUGUCUUUUUCCAAAGAGUUAAAGCUAAAACCAGAUCUGAUGUUUUCAAUUUUUGGCACGGUGUUUUCGGAAGCGAGCUGACACUUACAGCGCUUUCUUGCAACGUGUAGCAGAAAAUGCAUUACAUGAUUGUGUAUUUUUGUUGUUGUUCGUCGUUUCACAAUUUCUAAAGAAUGCUGGAGUGUUCAUCCAACAUUUUGUUACCUUUUGGGGUUAGUCCCACCUGUUCCAAAUAUACCAAAGUGUUGCUCAUUCCAUCUCUUAGAUUUUCAACUGAGUAAUUUUGUGUGUCUCCUUUACGUGCUCCAAUUAUUUCAUAAGUCAUGAGUCAGAUUUGCCAAAAACACAAUCACACCAGAGGGCUGAACACCUCCUUGGGAUAACUUGCUUUCAGAAUAAGCUACUUUUCAAGAUGAAAGAACAGGAGGACAAUUUCUGUUCUGUUAAACUAUCAUAUUAUGCAUUUGUGUUUACAAGGGGAAAAAUACAUAUCUGUGUAUACAGAUGUCCAACAGCUGUCAGUAUCCUGUAAC